CGUCUCGAUUUUCGUGCGCCGUGGCCGAGAAUUGUGUGUGUCUGACAUUUUAACAUUUGUGCCCGAUAUAUACGUGGGAGAUUAAGCGCAAGUUUAAAGAACAAACAGCAGAUUAGGCGAAACUAUAUAUACACGCAUAAUUAAAUAUACUCGUAAGAAAAUGGAGCGCUAGCCAGGCGGACUCUCCUCUCAGAGAGGUGCGCGACAAGACCGCGGUCUCCGCCGUACGAGAGAUAUGAUAUAGCUCGAGCCUCCCUGGGACGUCGAUGCUCCGAAAACUAUGUGUCCGACGUGAAUGGAGCGGGCGCUCUCGUUACUCGAAUGACAGAUUCGCGCGUUUCCACGCUCGAGAGUGUCGUGCCGAGUCGAGGGAGGCAACUGCGAGGAUGACGAGUGCGGCACGGAGGUCGCGAGAGAUUUAUUUUUAUGCAAUUUCGCUUUGAGCCGAGUAGUCCGGAGUAGUCCAGUCAGUCCAGUCGGCCCAGUGUUUUGACGCGCAUAGAAAUGGCGGGUGCUAUAUUUAUCACGCAUCUCGUGCUCUUGUUGACACUCAGAUUGUGUUCAGGUGAACGAGAGAUUGCUUUGCAAGUCCAAGGUAUUUCUUUUGACAAUGAGAAAUUGGAUCUACCUGAGCCCGAACCUUCCGAUGAUCUCGGUUUGAAUGCAAUCGGCCAAAAGCUUUACAAAUGUCAUAUAUGCGACAAUUCCGAAUGUUUGCCAUCCGUUAUCUGCACCGAUGCAAUCACUUGUUGGAAGUCCAGGGUGAGAGAAGCCGACGGUACAGAGUCCGUUAGCCGUGGCUGCUACAAAUCGGAGGAACAUAAACUAUUGAUGUGCGACAAGGAAAGUGGCCAAAAUGCAGAUCAACACGAAAGGAGGAAUAUUAGAGGGUUUCAUAGAAGGCUUUCGAGCGGCGUUCAAUUUUCGGUGGAGUGUUGUCAAGCGGACUUUUGCAACGUCGGGCCAUAUCCCAAAUUGGAGGACUAUUCAACCAAUGCUGACAAGGAAUAUUAUGUAAUAAAGUUAACAUUCGCGAUUCUUGGACCACUGGUCGGAUUACUUGUGGUUGGAGGGAUUAUACUCAGUCUGCUGGCACAUCGAAUACGAAGGAAACGACCAAUGGCCUCGCGUCGAAACAAGCUUAUUCUAGAUUCCGAGAUUGAGCCUUCCAUGUUGCACUUUUCUUUUUCCUCGCCGACGUCAUCUGCCACGUAUCAUCCGCACGAGCUUAGAGCAACGGCUGCUGGUGACAGUACGCUUAAAGAGUAUCUAGAUGGGCGAAGUUUGACCAGUGGUUCUGGUUCUGGAUUACCCUUGUUAGUACAAAGGACCUUAGCUAAGCAAGUAGCUUUAGUAGAGUGUCUUGGCAACGGUAGCAGCGGUGGAUUCGGCGGAGAAGUGUGGAGAGGAGUUUGGCACGGCGAAAAUGUAGCUGUGAAAAUUUAUUUCUCGCGAGACGAAGCUUCGUGGGCUCGAGAGACCGAGGUUUACUCGCAACUAUUGCCGUCCAGACACGACAAUAUCUUAGGAUAUAUCGGUAGUGAUAUGACCAGUAGAGCUAGUUGCACCCAACUCUGGUUGGUGAUGCAGUAUCAUCCUCUCGGCUCUCUCUUCGAUCACCUCAAUCGGUCGCCGCAUCCAUUGACACCUCAUCAAACGCUCAACAUUUGCCUGAGUAUCGCCAACGGUUUGCUCUAUCUGCAUACGGAGAUUCAUGGCACCAAAGGGAAACCAGCUAUGGCCCAUCGCAAUCUCAAAUCGAAGAAUAUCCUGGUCAAAACCAACGGUGGUUGUGUAAUUGCCGACUUUGCGUUGGCAGCUACGCAGGAUCGUCUCGUAGCAGACAGAGUCGAUUUGCGGCAAGGAACGAAACGCUAUAUGAGUCCUGAAAUUCUCGAACAGACGGUAAACGUCGAAUGUUUGGAGAGCUUCAGACGAGCCGAUAUCUACAGCUUAGGAUUGAUACUGUGGGAAGUCUGUCGCAGAUGCAUAAGUAAUGGCGUAGCUUUAGAAUACGCAAUACCGUACAGCGAAUGGUUGCCAAGUAGCAAUCAAGAACCCUCCAUAGAAGAAAUGCGUAAAUUGGUCUCGUUUGACCAGCGAAGGCCGCCACUUCCUAACAGGUGGCACUCUGACCCGACUCUGGCUGGAAUGGGCAAGUUAAUGCGAGAAUGUUGGCACGGAAAACCAGCGGCCAGGCUACCCAUUCUUAGAGUGAAGAAGACACUCGUUAAAUUAGCAGCUAGCGACUCACGUGUUCAUUUACCCCUUGACUGACCAGCGUACAUCUUACCGAGCUUUCUUUCAUUCAUCUAUUUAUUACUGCAGUUGCUGCACCACCCUGUUGUGUACAUUACAAGUUUUGUAAUCGUCAUCAUUAUCACCACCACCACCAUCAUCAUCAUUAUCAUCAUCAUCAUAAUCAUCAACAACAACCUUCAUGCGUUAUCAGAUCGUUAUAUCAUGAAGAUAAAGAAAUAUCGUAUAUUGACAUAUCGAAGUAACGAUGGUAAUAAGUUUGUUAAUGUUUGGCAUAUGGAUUUUAUUGCCUUAUGUUCCAUUACUGUUAUCUCAUUCUGGAACAAUAAUAGUAUUAAGUGUAUAAUUUCGUAGCGUUCGUCAAACUAAAAAUCAAGAAAUACUGUUAAUUCAAUAGACAGGGAAUUAAGUAUUUUAAUUUUUCUAAAUAAUUCGUUUGAAAAAUUAUUAUAAGGGGAAUGUAAUGAUACAAUUUCUUUAAUUGAGAUUAAUUUUAAUAAUUGAUAUUUUACUUGAUAAGAGACAUUUUACAUUAAGAAGUUAUUACAUUAUUUCGAAUAUUUUCCCCAAGUGAUUGUAGCCCCGUUCGGUUCAGCUAAUGCAUUCGUAUGUACAAAUAACAAUCAUACUGGUAAGAUCAGAGAAAAAUAAUAUCAUUUUCAAUCAAUUUCUUGUAAAAAUCUGAAAAAUUAAAAUAUUUGUUUAAAAAUUCUUCAAGUAUCAAUGCUAGAAUCGACUGCUUUAACAAAUAAUCAAAAAUUACAAUUGUACAUAGUGUAUAAGAGUUACUACAUAGAUAUCAUACAUCUUUCUUGUAGAAUCAUGCGGUCACGCAUCGGCGAGUUACGGAUAGAGACAACUGACGAGGAUGAAUGAAAAGUGUGUAAGAUUAUCAUAGAUAUCUAAUUGUAUAAUACUUGGAGUAGUAAUGUCAUGAAUUGCUUUUCUAUUCAAUGUUUAUGUAUAAAUAUAAUUAUGUAUAAAAUAAUCUAAUUGCGCUAUUAAAGAAUGUACAAGAAACGUAUCGUGCGGCAUAUAAUAUAAUCAGAUGUAAUGCAAUCAUUGUACAAAGAUUUGUAUCUAACAAAUGUACUAUAUAUUACAUGACUUAACACG